GGCACGGCAGGCUCAGGAUGCGGGGGCUGGUGGCGCUGCUGGCGGCGCUGAGCUGCGCGGCCCCGGCGGGACGGGCGGCGGCUCCCGGGGCUGCCCUGAGCUCCAACGCCAUCAAGGGACCCCCCCCGGGGGCGGCCGAGGCCAGCGCCGCCCCCGCACCCCCUUUCGACGGCAGCAACAAGGCCCCGCCGGCCGCCACCCGGCAGCCUUUCCCGUGCGCCGAGGACGAGGACUGCGGCCCCGAGGAGUUCUGCGGGGGCGCGGCCCGCGGCGGGGGCGCUCCGCUGUGCCUGGGCUGCCGGCGGCGCCGCAAGCGCUGCCUGCGCGAUGCCAUGUGCUGCCCGGGCAUGGUCUGCAGCAACGGUCUCUGCACGCCCCUGGAGCCGCCCCACGGAGCGGCCGAGCCGGACGAGACGGGCACUGAGGCGCUGCCCCGACGGACGCCCGCUCCCGCCUGGCUCCCCACUGCCAAAGGCCAGGAGGGUGACAUCUGCCUGCGCUCCUCGGACUGCGCGGCCGGGCUGUGCUGCGCCCGCCACUUCUGGUCCAAGAUCUGCAAGCCGGUGCUGCGGGAGGGGCAGGUGUGCACCCGGCACCGGCGGAAAGGCGCGCACGGGCUGGAGAUCUUCCAGCGCUGCCCGUGCGCCGAGGGGCUGGCGUGCCGCCUGCAGCGCCAGCACGACGCGUCCCGCCUGCACACCUGCCAGCGGCACUGACCGACCGACGGACCGACCGACGGACCGGCCGACGGACAGGCUCCGGCCCCGCCGGAGCGAAGGCUGUUUCUCAAGGGAACUUCUCCGAAGCGACUUCUUGCAGUACGUUACUGUGUUGUGAAUACUCGAGCUGGCACUUAGCUGUACAUAACGCCGGGACUUUUCAGUGACUUUCCGCCAGUGGUUUCGCGUCUCUCUGGCGCUCUUCAAGCCGUGGCUGCGACUUUGUGCGCGCUGGGUUUAUUCGUUCUGGCUCGAAGGGAUGCCGCCGUCUCUUUAAAUUCACCCUGCGCU